GUUUGUUCUCAGCCCUGGGGUGUACCAUGUGAGCGAAGAUUUUUUUUGUGUUUCUGAAUGUAAACAAAUGGUGAUAAACAAAUGUAGUUGAUAUGUUUUUUUGUUUGUUUAUUAUGUAGUUUUGACAGUUUGCAUCAAGAAAAACUAACAGAAAAAGAAAGUAGCUUUUUCUACUCUGGAAACAAUUCUGUCAAUACCAGAGAGAGAUAAAACUGGAACAGUGGAUUCUGAUGAAACUGUCGUAGUCGAAUUGUUGCCAAUCGAAUGCGUAGAAAUUUGAGGACUAAUACUACAGAUAGAAGAAACUGGAACAGUGGAUCCUGAUAAUACUGUCUUGGUCGAAUUAUUGACAAUCAAAUGCGUAGAAGUUUGAGGAUUGAAAAUGCGUUCAUCACAUAGGAAAACUCAUCGUAGGACAUCAAAUGAUGAAGAUAAUUUAUCUUAUCGUGAAAAGAAACGUUUCAAAGCACAAAAGGAUGGAAAAAAGUAUAAAAAAGAAGAUGCCCUUUUUUCUUUUCUAAAAUAUCGACAUGAAUUAAAUAAUUUACUCCGUGUGAAUGAAAAUCUAAUAAAUAAUAAUGAUGAUUUUUGGAAAUUUGUCCAAAAAUAUGAAGCUUUGGAAGAAAAAAAAGAUGGAAUGAAUCAAAUGGCAGAUUCAAGUGCUUCUAAUAAACUUCACAUUCCUUUAUCUUACAAUAUUACAUACAGUUUAAAUUUUUCACUUGUUUGCGAAAAACAAUUGUUGGACAGAGUUGGAAGUUCUGAUGUUUUAACAGAUAACCGGCUAUGUAAAUUUAUAAAUAUUGUUCUUAUGUAUUUGGGUUUUAAACAGAAAGAAAAAUUUUCAAAACUUAAAAAGUUGCGACACGAACAAGAAAAUUUACCUGUUGCUAAAUAUCGACAAAAAAUUAUUGAUGUUAUCGAAUCCGAAAGAGUUAUAAUAAUAGCUGGAGAUACGGGUUGUGGUAAAUCAACUCAAAUUCCUCAAUAUUUAUCUAUGAAUGGCUUUGGAAAAAUAGCAUGUACACAACCUCGCAGAAUUGCGUGUAUAUCUUUAUCCAAACGUGUUGCUUUUGAAACUUUGUCAGAGAACUAUAAUGAAGUGGGUUAUCAAAUUCGAUUUGAAAAGCAAAGAAAUCAACAAACCAAAAUUACUUUCAUAACAGAAGGGCUUCUUUUAAGGCAGAUAUCAGCCGAAACAGGAUUAUCACAAUAUGACGUUAUUGUCUUGGAUGAAAUACAUGAACGUCACUUGUACGGAGAUUUCUUAUUGGGCAUUACGAAGUGUCUCAUUCAUCAAAGAUCAAAUCUGAAAUUAGUUUUGAUGUCUGCUACAAUUAAUAUUCAACUUUUUUCUGAUUACUUUGCAAAAGAAAAUGUAAAAAUCAUUCAAGUACCUGGUAGAUUAUAUCCAAUACAACUAUUAUAUAGACCUAUGAGUGCUGAAGACCGACAUUUUAAAAAUGAUCGGUUUAAUCCAAGUCCUUACGUGCAAAUUCUUCAACUGAUUGAUCAAAAGUAUUCAAAUAGUGAAAAAGGUGAUUUACUCAUAUUCUUAAGUGGAAUGAGUGAAAUCACAGCCGUAGUUGAAGCGGCUAAAGAAUACAGUAUGAAGGAAAAAAACUGGAUUGUUUUGUCUCUACAUAGUACACUAUCUAUAUCAGAACAAGAUAAAGUUUUUGGUUACUUGCCUGAAGGAGUCCGAAAAUGUAUAGUAUCAACAAAUAUUGCAGAAACAUCAAUUACAAUAGAUGGAAUUAGAUUUGUUGCUGAUAGUGGCAAAGUUAAAGAAAUGAGUUAUGAUCCUUUGUGUAAAAUGCAACGAUUAAAGGAAUUCUGGAUCAGUAAAGCCAGUGCGGAACAAAGAAAAGGUAGGGCAGGCAGAACAGGACCCGGAGUUUGCUUCAGAUUGUAUUCUGAAGAAGAGUAUACAGCUUUAGAAAAAUUUUCAACUCCUGAAAUCCAAAGAGUUUCUCUUGAUUCCCUUCUUUUGCAAAUGGUUGCAAUGGGACUACCAGAUCCACGAAAGUUUCCAUUUAUAGAAUCACCUCCAUUGAAAAGUAUAGAAAAUUCAAUAAUUUCAUUGAAAGAACAAGAUGCUUUAUUGGAAAACGAAAAAUUAACAAGUGUUGGAAAAACACUAGCUCGAUUACCUGUUGAUUUAUGUAUCGGAAAGAUGUUAAUUAUGGGAUCAAUUUUUCAUCAAGUUGAUCCAGUUUUGUCUCUUGCUGCUGCUUUAAGCGUUCAAAAUCCAUUUACCAAUAGAGCUUACAGAGAUGUGGAAUGCGAGACAUCCAGAAAAACUUUAGAAUCUGAUCACGGCGAUCCUAUAACGAUUUUAAAUGCCUAUAGAGCUUGGUUGGAAAUCAAGGAAGAAAGUGGAGUGAAAUAUGGAAACAAUAAAAGCAAAAUAUGGUGUAAAAGACGAGGACUUGAAGAACAAAGAUUUUACGAAAUGACAAAGUUAAGAGCCCAAUUUAAGGAUUUACUUCAGGAUUGCAAUUUACAAAAGAAUUUGUCAGAAAACACUAAUUUGACAAGUCAGGAAAGAGUUUUACGACAUGGAGAAUUGAAACUUUUAAAACAAAUAAAGCGAACAUAUAAACAAAAUGAACAUAGAAAUCGUAAACAAUUGAAAUUUGAAUCGUCUUAUGUAGACGAAAUGGAAAAUGAUUGUUGCGAAACUGAUGAAAUCGAUAUAAAAGAUAUAGAAUUUAGAAUGAAGAAUGAUCUGUCACAAGUUCAAAAUUUAGUAACAGCAACAACAGCUUGCAGUUACAAAGAUCUUACGAUGUUAAAAUUAAUCUUAUGUAGUGGUUUAUAUCCUCAAUUUGCUUGUGCAGAUGAAUAUAAUUACUGUAAGUCUAUAAGUGAGCAACUAUAUCACACGAAAGUAAAACCUUAUGUCGGACUCCAUCCAUUAAGUUAUUUUGGAAAUAAUCCACAAAUUUUACAGCCCAAUGAGUCAGAUAUUACAUUUAUUCCUGGAUUAAAAACUUCUUCGCCUGUUAGUUCUAAGCAUCAAUUGCUUAUAUAUCUGUCUCUUUUAGAAACUACCAAGCCAUAUCUUGUAAAUACAUUCAGAAUGCCAGCUGCUCAAACACUGUUACUUUUUUCUCGUGUAAUUGACACGAAUUCCGUAUUUUCAAUGUUUGUGUGUGACUCGUGGUUAACUUUAGAAUUUCCUGUUCCUGAAACUGGUCAGCUGUUGCUCCUAAAAGCUAGCAAAUUGCGACAACAAUGGGACUAUUUGAUAAAUCAGAGUUUACAAGAGUCUCCGAACGUUAGUGAUGGAUUACAGCUUACUAAUGUAACUGAAACUAUACUAGUAAAGGAACUUGUAGAAUACAUGCAUACUACUGUACCAUAUACGAUAAAACGGCUUCUUCCGGCUAGUUUAAAGACGCUAUAUGUUGGCAAAGGAAAUAACAUUGACAUUAUAGAACCAAAUCCAUUUCAAUCUGAUUUUCACUGUAUUCCAAAUGGAGUUAAGGGUGGAUGUCAGUUAACGAAUCGUAUAAUAUAUAAUUGUUUGAUGGAAAAUGACUGGACUGAGAAGAUAAUUGCUGAAAUGUGUGAAAAUCCCUGGAAAUGUUCGAAUUGCUGUGUAUCAGGUAUUUUUACAGCUAUGCAAAGAUUACAACAUCAAGUUUUAUGUUCAAAGCAAGAAUUGAUAGAAAAGGAUGUUAAUUCAUUUGUUCCUGAUUUUAAAAGCUCUAAUAAACUUGCUUAUGAUUGUCCACAGUGCAAAGAAACUUUUUACUUACGACCAAUAGAAAUAUUAAAGCACAAGAGACAACAUUAAUGUAUUUGUAUCAAUAAAAGUAAUAUAAAAUUUUAAAAAAUAUA